AAAUUGCCAAGAAGACACAUUUAAUCAAACACUUUCAUUAUUUUUUUUAUCAAGGGCUAAGAAAAUGAUUUUGUUUUUUGUAAAUAUCCUGGCGGCAACGUCACUAAUUCCUCCGGUUGACCGGUAAAGUGCAUGCUAGUUUGUAGGUUAGCUUCACAUUGUGUAGCUUGUUUCUAAACUGCACGAGUUAUGUAAGCGGGCAAUGUGUUUAUGUCACCAAAACCAACUAAUACUAUAUGAUGUAUCUCUGUAUGGAAGGGGUCGUUGCUUAAAGUAGUUUGUGUGCUGGUGUUGGCUGCGAUUACUAAACGAUUACCCACUUCAUCUAGUAGUAGGUAUAUAUUCUUUAGUCUGAAACGUUACUACAUUCGUAAUAGUAGUCACAAAAACCUAGAUAAUUGACAACCCUAGCUAUCGGAAGAACAUGUACCUAAUACCUAUUACGCAAAUAAUCUUUUUAUAUUUAUCAAGUUGUAGUUAGUUCAACGAAGGACAUCAUUGCGCCAGAACCAGAAGUUAAACCAUUUUGAGUCAUUCCUGGAUUGGUGUGUUUUGCUUUGUAUUUUUGCCAGUGAAAGUGCGAAGUUUCUGCUAUGGAUAACAAACAAGGCACCAAGGUGGUGGUCUGUGGUUGCUGAUGGGGGACACAAAGGACACCUGGAAAGUGAAGACACUUGAGGAAAUUCUACAGGAGAAAAAACGCAGAAGAGAGCUAGAGGAAAAGACGGAGCCCAAGCGCCAGAAAAAUUUUGCUCCAUGUCCUGUUCCGCAGGUGGAUGAUCGGGAAGCUAAACGGGACACUCCGGAAGAAGGGGAAUUACGUGAUCAAAGAAUGGAAAUAACAAUUCAAAACUCGCCGUACACACGGGAAGGCUCGACAGAGGACAGGGGCGAGGAAGAUGAUUCACUCGCAAUCAAGCCCCCACAGCAGAUGGCCAGGAAGGACAAGUCGCACCACAGAAAGGAGGACAAGAGGAAAGACAAGAGACGUCACCGUAGCCACUCGGAUGAAGGAGACGCAAAGCACCCCAGGCCCAAAGACAAGGACAAAGACCGAGAGAGUGAGCGCAGGAAGCGGCUGUGGGAGGAGGACAAGGCCAGACGGGACUGGGAGCGGCAGAAGCGUCGGGAGCAAGCGAGGGCCCACUCGCGCAGAGAGAGAGCUGACGGGGGUUGGGAGGGUGUCUGCCGAACGCCUGACUGGAUGACUGUAUCUCCUCUGGACCACAGGGACCGCCUGGAGCAACUGGAGCGCCAGCGCGAGCGCGACCGUAAGAUCCGCGAGCAGCAACAGAAGGAGCAGCGGGACUUAAAAGAGAGAGAGAGGCGGGCGGACGAGCGCCGGAAGGAGCGCGAGAUGCGCCGCGAAGGGCCGUCCCAGCACCGGGCCCUCCCGGAGGAGUACGAGGACAAAGCCAAGCAGAGCCACCGCAGCCGCAGCCCCAGCCGGGCUACACGGGACCGCCCCGACCUCAGUGAGGCCCGCAAGCCCGGUGUGUCCAAGGAGGAGAAGCCAGAGGACAAAGACCCCUUGGCUGACCUGCAGGACAUCAGCGGCAGCGAGAGGAAGACCAGCACGGCAGAGUCCUCUGCCGGGUCAGGGUCCGGUUCUGAGGACGAGGACGGAGAGGAAGACGAGGGGUCUAGCAGCCAGAGUGACGAGGAGGAGGAUGAUGAUGAGGAGGAGGACAAUGGAGAGGCAGAGUCCGCCUCUGCCUCAGGAAGGUCUGAAGCGCCAAGUGCAGAAGAUGUCAGUGAAGACGAUCGGUCAGAGGAGGAGUUUGAGGAAGAGCGGGAAAACGGGACCCACAUUCCUGCAGUGCCCGAGUCCCGCUUCGACCACGACACCACGGAGGAGAGCGGCGAGGACAUGGACGAGGUGGAGGACGGUGAGGCCGUGGAGGGGGACGAGCCCACCCCGGGCUCGCACGCCCAGACCCGCUCGCCCACCCCGGAGGAGGACUACGUCCCCGACUCCCCGCCCAUCUCGCCCGUGGAGCAGAAGAAGGAGCUGCCCAAGUACCUGCCCGCGCUGCAGGGCUGUCGAAGUGUUGAGGAGUUCCAGUGUCUGAACCGGAUCGAAGAGGGCACCUAUGGUGUCGUGUACAGAGCCAAAGACAAGAAGACAGAUGAAAUCGUGGCAUUGAAAAGGCUGAAGAUGGAGAAGGAGAAGGAGGGCUUCCCCAUCACCUCGCUGAGAGAAAUCAACACCAUCCUGAAGGCUCAGCACCCAAAUAUCGUAACCGUCAGGGAAAUUGUGGUUGGAAGCAACAUGGACAAGAUCUACAUUGUGAUGAACUACGUGGAACAUGACCUGAAGAGUCUGAUGGAGACCAUGAAGCAGCCCUUCCUACCAGGUGAGGUGAAGACCCUGAUGAUUCAGCUGCUGAGAGGGGUCCGACAUCUCCACGACAACUGGAUCCUCCACCGCGACCUGAAGACGUCCAACCUGCUGCUCAGCCACAAGGGCAUCCUCAAGAUUGGGGACUUUGGCUUGGCGCGGGAGUACGGAUCUCCGCUGAAGCCCUACACCCCCGUGGUGGUGACCCUGUGGUACCGCUCCCCAGAGCUGCUGCUGGGGGCCAAGGAGUACUCCACCGCGGUGGACAUGUGGUCCGUGGGCUGCAUCUUCGGCGAGCUCCUUACCCAGAAGCCUCUCUUCCCGGGGAAAUCCGAAAUCGACCAAAUCAACAAGAUUUUCAAGGACCUUGGCUCGCCCAGUGAGAAGAUCUGGCCCGGCUACGGCGAGCUCCCGGCUGUGAAGAAGAUGACCUUCACCGAGUACCCGUACAACAACCUCCGCAAGCGCUUCGGAGCCCUGCUCUCGGACCAGGGCUUUGACCUCAUGAACAAGUACGGCUGA